ACUCUUCCCAAAGAAAGUAAGAGCGUUGAUGUACCAACAAAGGGACAAAAGAAAAUUUUCCCAAAUAUCCAACCAAUUGACACAAGUGAGAGUGAAGUAAGAUCGAAAUUAUUGUUCAUAUCACCCGGAAUUUCUUCCGACAGAUCUAAAUGGCAAACACAUCAAGACGAAUCUCAACAAAAAUAUGACAAAGCAAAUCAAUCGCUGGGAUAUAUGACUAGUAAAUACGAACAUAACAUCAAUGGAUCAUCAAAACAACAAAGUUCGAGAAAGGCAUAUAUAUCGCCUAAAACUUCAUCCACUCAAGAUGCAUCAACACUUGCUCAACUUUGUCCAUGCGCGUGUGGAUUGCUUGUGAGAGAUGAAACCGAAAGCGAAGUUUCUAUUAAUAAAUCAUUGUCUACAUUAAAAGAUAAACUUAUUAAAACUAAACUCGAAGAAUUAGGUUUUUAUUUAGAUUCAAAAGAAGUGGUACGUUCCAGGAUGCAUAAUGACAUACAAGUCAGAAAAACAAAAAUGCAGAAGUUAAAAAAAGAUUUAAGUAUCAAACAUUGGAAAGAGGAAACUGUGCAAUUACAAGUGCAAAUUGAGGAAUUGCGUGAAAGUAUUCAAUUCUUUGAACAAGAAAAUGAAUAUAUUCGACGUCUUACAGAAAAAUGUCGCUGCUUAUCGGAUAAAAGGAGGGAUUUGCAACAAUUAUUGUUGCCAAUCAACAUUACACACUCCGGACUUACGACAACGAUUCAAUAUUUACAAGCAAAAUAUCACAAUGAACAUGGAAUAAUAGCUUCAUUAACCGAGAUAUUUCAAGGUUCGACAAAGAACAUUCAACAAGUUGCUACAAAAUUAUUAGCACCAUUUAUUGAAUAUUGGCAUCAAAACCCGACAGACAGCAUAGUAACAAAGCGCGUACCAUCCGCAUCAAGUACAAGAAUUCUUCUAAAGCCCUCGAGUUCCAUCUUCAACGUUUAUUAAAACACUUUCGCAAAUAGUACACACCAAUAGGAAUAAGAAGUGAAGAUACGUACCUUUAUUUCGCAAAAGACAAAAGAUACCUUAACAUUCUUUUUAACAUGUAACAUUACAAAUAUGACCGUUAUUAAAUAUUUAAUAAUGGCU